CAGAAGGCUGCGCGUCCAACGCCCCUUGCCUUUGCUCGCGGCGCCUAUCUGAUUUCGCGCAACCAUGUCCUGCAGCCUUUGCCGCCUGCCCUUCGUGCCAGCGCUGGGCUCAAUGAACCCACUGCCAGAGCACUUUCCCCCCGAUGGCUUCAUGACGAAGGCCCAGUAUUCCUAUUUCGAGUCCGCGCUCGGAUUUGGCCCCCGCGUUCAUGGACUCGUCAAAAACUUCAAGUUCCUCAGCCCUAACAACUUCGGGACAUUCGACCCUCCGUUCUUACUGAACGUGGCAUGGGCACACCCAGAGUUCACCUUCGUCAUGAUGCACCACGUCUGCGGCGCCCUCUUCCGACGGGUCAUGGGGUGCGAGGGUAACACGUUCGAAGAUCAGAAGCGCCUUUGCGAGGUUGAAGUCGUCAUGGGCCCGCUGGGCGAACUGGAGGAUGCGGGCGAGCUGCGCGGCGUCGACUACGCGAACCUUGGGCAGAAGAUCGACGUCAAGCCCUUCUGGCGCGUCGGCAACGACCAUGGCCAGAACUCCUUCAAGUACGAGGAGUUCCAGCAGAGCCCGCUCGGCGACUGGCUCUUCACGCGCCCGGAUAGCAUUCCGCGCUUCUAUCCCGUCGUCGAAGCCAAGCACUGGGGCACCAUCCCGCACCCUGAUGUUAUCCCCGCGGGCACCGACAUUCUCACGCGCCAGCCCCUCGACGUCCUGCUUGCCAUUAUCGCGCACCUCGACGCGCCCACCUUCGUCAAGCUCACCAGCACCUGUCGCUUCCUCCGCGCGCACGCGCUCAUCACCUUCCAGCCCGAGGCGCGUCGGCUCGUCCUCGCCCUCCCCUGGGCGUUCGCCAUGACCUCCGAGCUCGAGAAGAUGACGGAUGCGAUGCGCCAGGCCGUGCCCGACCCGGUGCGCUCGCCGCACGACGGCGACUGGCUGCUCUACCUCUCGCAUGUGCACCGCACGAAGAGCAUGCGCGUGCGGCGGUGGCUAUGGGCGAAUGCGGAGGAGGCGGCGAGGGUCUUCGAGGAGAGGAAGCGAGCCAGUCCGUAUGCGGAGGGCAAGCAUACGCCGGAGAGGGAGAAGUUCGACAGGCAGGUCGAGUCCUUGUACUUCCCGCCCAUGUUUUGAGGGAAUGAGGGCCAUUCAUGCGCUGUUCGAUGAUAUGGGGGCAUGAUCUGAUCUUCGGGAUAGCACCAAUGAGUUCCAUGUACUUGUAGUAUCUGUGCAGAUGUAUUGCAUACUUCGUGGCGACAACCAAUGAUGUGAGCCGGUCGGAAGGAACAAUGACAGACAUACGGUUCAGAGAUCACUCCUCCGCCCCACCACCCCUUCGCCUUCUCAGCCUCGCCGCCUCCCUCCAUCUCCGCUUCCAAUCGCGGGUCAGCUCGAGCUUGCUGGCCUCCCACCUAGCCCUCGCGAUCUCCUCCACAUUCCCCUCGAUCGGUUGAUGGAACGCUGCGCCCUUCCAGUCCCACUUGUUCGCCCGGGCCACAUCGCGCACGUCUUGUCCUCUCCCAGAUCGAGGGAAGAAGAACGGCUUCGAGGUGUCCAAAACGAGAGGACCUGCUGCAGUGGCAGUGGUCGUAGCCGCU